CCGCUGAUAUAAGCUAGUAGCAUAGAACACAAUACAUUACCAAACUAGUCCAAACAACACAGGUCGGAAUCAAGAAGACAGGGAUGUAGUCAAACAUGCAUGCAUGGUGUAUGUAUGCAUCCUGGGUACCUACAGGACGAAAGGGAAAGACACCUGCAGUGCUCGCACAUGAUGAUUUUCGGAGGAUUGUCUACGUAUACGACCUAGGCAGAUUCCUUGAUAUGCCUAUGGCUGUUGGAAUCCAGCUCAUAGUGGUUUGGCCGAUCUACAGAGUACCUUACAAUGUGAGGUAGACGGUGGUCCCCAGGCACAAAAGUACCUAUUCAGAUUACCAGAAUCAGCUGAUCCGAAUGAA